GAAAUUGCCUAAAAUUGCGUGACUAACCUGCUCGUGAAUGCUAAUGAGGCAAAACAAAGUUUUAGGUCCUACUACUUUUCCGAGCCUUCAAGAGCUGUGACAUUCGGUGUAGCAUACAUGACAAAAAAUAACUCAGUCGCCCGUUCGAACCGCUGGUCGAUGUUCGAUUGAAAACUGUUGAAAAAUACUUGACUUGUGGAUCGUCUUGUAGCUGCGCUCUUGAAUACACAUGUAAAAUGAAUUCUUGCUCGAGUCACAGCCAUUGCAAUCCUUACAAUGCAACCAGAAGUCGUCUUUUUCUAUGGUCCUCCUUUUUCGGGAAAGGAUUUGUUCUAUUGUUAUCACUUUUCUCACACACACGAGAAGAUUAAUCCAGGAGAACUGUUUGAAACUGAUCCCAGCCUGAGCCUCAGAGCAGUGAUCCUGAAGAUUGUGAAUGUUCUCAAUAAGGGUCAAAGUGUGGUUGUGGAUGAUGAUAAUACUAGCAAGAAAACCAGGAAGUCAUACUUGACUGUUCUUAGGAAUAAGGUUCCACAGUGCCGAUUCAGAGUAAUUCAUUUCCAAGCAUCAGAUUCUAGUGCCCAGUUAAUUUGUCAGUGGGCCAGAGAAUGGGAACUGGCUCAUCAGUUUGAAUGUUCAGGAUUGAAGUCAUUGAAGCUGUCUGAAAAGGUUAUUGAACAAUGGUUUGAGACAAGAACUGAACCAGUCUCUGAAGAAGAAGGGUUCAGCAAGAUUGAUAAGGUUGAUGUUCAGUUGGUGUGUGAUACACCUUACGAAUUUACUGUCCCAGCCCUCUUUCUCCAGUGGGAAGCACUAUUAGAAGAUCGUGAAGAUCACGUGAAUAUUCAGGAAAGCAUGGUUGAUGUUGUCAACAGGUGGAGCUGCAGUAAUACACAUGGAAGAGUUAUUGUACUCAAGCUGAGUGAAAAACACACCUGUAAAGAGGAAAGUUGUGAGUGUGGGGACAAGAUGAAGCAGAUUAUCAGUAAAUUGGUGUCACAGGUGACCAUUCCUGUGUUCUUUGUGCACUUGUGUUCAUUCAUGUGGCAAUUCAGCAGACCUCCCAAUCCAGGAGUGUUCGCUUGUCUUCAGAGACUUCACAACAUUGAUUUGUUAAACAGGGCCACGUUCUAUAUCAAUUCAAGUGACGCUCAGUCAAAGGCGGCCACCGCGGCAGGAGUGAAGAGUAUCAAGGCAAUUAAACUAUUCCACAAUCCACAGAUGAUUAAUGCUGUGCAUUGUAGAGUGGCAGCACAAGUCCCUGAAUAUGUCAGCAAGGCAAAGCUAGCAUGGUUCGGUUCCCACAACAGGCCUGAAGCUUGUCUUCCUCUCUUUCGUGAGGCUGUUAAGUCCCAAACCACUGCCAGUGUUCAUCACAUGUCACCGCAGUGUGUCACUGCAGCAAGGAACUCAUAUGUCCAUGGAGUGUGCUUUAAAGACUUUGAAACUUUGGGCAGGUUCAACUCCCAGUACAAACAUGCUGCAACACCAACAAAACCAGCAUCACAUGAUAUAUUCAACUACCAUCAGUCCUCCAGUGAACUGAAAACAUGCAACUGGGGAAAAGAACAAAAUGUUCAGUGUAACUUGGUUUCCUCUGAAGUACCUGGAGCAAGUAUCAUACCAACGGACAAGUCUCCUGUGUGCAGUAAAGUGAAUGAAAAGAAACUUCCUGACGCUAUUUGUCCAAGUCUUAUGGUGAAACAUUUAACGAGAGAGGUGAUUGAGAGCCAUGCUUUCAGUUCAGGUCAUUUCAGGCGAGGUGAAGGCUGCACGAAGCUCAUCCGUAAUGUUAAAAGUACCAUGGUGGAAGAUGGCAUGCAAUUUACCUGUCAAUGUAUCGGGUCCCAAGGUCAAUUCUAUGAUGUGUCAGCAGUCGUCAGUCAGAAAGGUCUUGAACGAGCUGGGUGUUGUUGUGCUGAUCCCGCAAGUAAGCUGGGAAGAUGUAAACAUGCAGUUGGCUUGUUACUUUGGUGCAAGAAUGAGAAAAACAUGAAAGAAAUUAAGAAGGCCGUGCCUUCAAGCAACCUGGAACAUGUGAUUACAACAGCCGCAAAACGAAAGGAAGCGAUAUGUGAUGUGUCUUCAAAAGGGAGGGAAGAAGAAGUUCCCUCGACUUUGCGGAAAGAUAAAUCAUUGCCCAAAUGGAUUUCAUCUCUAGCACAGUCCGCUUCACACGACGGUGAUCGAGUAAAGAGACCGAAAGCAGAAGGCACAGUCACUACACAACGCCAGAAGAGGUUCAAAACGAAAAAGAGCGCAGAAAGCACAGUGUAUUGUUUGAGUCCAGAAGAACUGCUUCAAACAGCUCAGGAAAUAAUAGAAUGGUAUCGUUCCUCCUCGAGUGACCACGGCGUCGACAAACACAAACAACAGGGAACUGAUCACAACAGAAGCCGAUACAAAGACAGUAGACAGGUGGAACGGAGGUCUAAUCAGAGUUCAUACAUAAAGAAGGAGCCUUAUCAGAGAGUGUGUAACAGAGAAAAACUGGAUUCUUCUGUAAACACUGAUGUUUAUAGCGAGGAAGCAAUUGUCAGAGAAAGCUGUCAGCAGUCUUUGCCGAACUGCCCAGAUGUUGGUUUAAUAAGUGAAGUAAUUCCUGAAUCUGUUGCAAUGAGCACACCAGAAUGCUACUCUAAAGAAAAUAACCCAACUAUUCAUGAACCACCCUCACGAAUGAGAGAAGCUGAUAAAUGCAUGCAGGAAACACAGCAAGACGUCACUGACCGGGAGAAACAUGAACCAGUUACAUCAAUACUAGACGAGUUUAUUUAAUGAAUACUUCAACAUGUACAGAUUGUGUCAUAACACAACAUAAUUAUGAUGAUACCGUCACAUUUUUCACUUAUUUUUGUUUAAAGCAAACGAAGGAAAAAGAAACCAAGUGUGUUGUUUUGCUUUCUGAGGAGACAGUUAUAUUUGUCAUACGCCGAUACUCACCUGGACGUUCAGUUUAUAUGGUUUGGGAGAUCAGAGAGUGUUGGCGGCGUUGAUCAUAGCAAAUGGGGCUAGCACAGAAAUGUCGGUUAAAAUUGGCCUAUUGAGGGUUAAGUAAUGUUACUGCAAAAGGUCGUGUUCAAAGUUCGCAUUAUCCAGUUUCAUCGUUGUGUAAAGUUUGUAAUAUUUUUAAAUUAAAAUCUUCUAGGAUUUAUCUUG